AGGUCAAUGUCGGUGAGAAUCCCUCCUCCCAGGAGAAGCCCUACAGGAUGUGACCCUGACAGGAAUCCUGAGUCCACUGGGACGGCUGUGAGUGUAGAGACUCCUGUCUCUCAGCUUCAUCUCUGUGAGUCAGUGAGUCAAGGAGUCCUCCAGGGGGCGCUGCAGUCUCACCUGAACACACAGGACUACCGACAUCCACACAAUCAAAACGCUGCCCGAGAGGUAGAGCAGCUCUUACAGAUGCAGGUGAAUGAGCUCCAGAAAGCUCUACACGAGCAGAAUGCACUACUCCACUUUUUGAAUCCAGGACUCAUUCUGUCCCCGACUUUCUUAACCCAGUACGAGGCUUAUUCACUAGCGCAGCAUCCUGAAACAGAUCUGGUCUCUCAGUCUGAUGGGGUGAUAGACUGCAAGAAGUGUUUUAUUAUCAGAGCUGGAGUGGAACAGGACGUCCCAGGCUGUGGUCCUCAGCUAACACGGUGCACAGACCACACGUCUCUACAGACGGUCAGUACAGAGCAGAAACGUUUGUCUCCCAUUAAAGAGGAAUUUAGCGAGCCGGGGGAGGAAGCAGGCAUGGUCAGUCCAUUUGGUGUCAGGAGAAAAGUGCCAAGGAAUCCAGAGGAAAGACCUAUUCGGCCUGGACUCAAAGAAACGGAGAAGACUUUUGAAGACUUUGUUGAAGAGCAGCUCAGAUUGGAUAAAGAUUUUAUAAAAAAGGAUAAACAGCUCAGAACGGCAGAGAAAAAGAAUUUCCUGCGUAAAGGCGAUGGACGAUCUAGGAUCAGCCAAAGUAAAGGUGAUAUCCAGAAAAUCCAAGCAGCCUCAAAGAUUCACAGACCCUCAACAUCAUGUCCUGUCCAGAACAGUGACCAAAGCAGGUGUAUGAACCGUAGCCCUCAGACUCGAGAAAGCAGCAGCUCAGCUCUAGAGAACCUGCUGUUAAAGAAAAAACGGAAAGCAGAAUUCUCUGAGCAGAAAUCUGGCCAGGAGAACCUACUGAGGAACAACGUUACUUCACCCCAUGCCAAAUCUCUGUACCUGAAUAACAAGAAACAUUCCUCUCCAAAAACCCAAGAAAUUUUCAAGCAGCCAAAUAAAACAAGAAGCACCAAGAUGCAAGAUGGAUGCGUUAUGCUUUCUGGCAGAAAAGUGGCUUCUAGGAUUCAUCUUCUUGAAGAAAGAAUUGGCUUCAAAACGGUAAACGAUCGCAUUGUCCGAGUGUGUGAUCUGGAGGAAGCAACAACCAAGACUCUAAGCUUGACGACUGAAAUAAAGAAGCUGUUCCUCCAGAGCUCUUCUGGUAGUGACAGCACCGGUGCUGAGGAAGAUCCCAAACCUCCAACAUCUUCUAAUCCCUCAGAUGAUAGGAUGGAUCAAUCCGACGAGGACUACGCCAGCGACGCUCCAAGUGACGCUGAAACGACCCCGGAAUGUCCACGUGCUACACGUUGCUUCUCAGCUCAUCUUUCCACUUCAUCUGGAUCUGAAGACGGGAGCGACUCUGAGCUUCAGCGGCUCAGCUGGUCUGAACCUCACAAAGACUCCUCGCAAAGAUCUCCAAAAGAGACCAGCACUGAGGCUACAACCUUCAGCACCAGGAGCUCGGAGCUUCUCGCUAGGAUUUUCCCUCAAGUGAAAUCCAAAACGGACAACAAGCUCUGGGAGACAGCAUCAGGAACACAGCACUCAGUGAACAGAAGUGAACCAGUGGAGAAAGUACAGGAAGAUCCCGGGUCGGAUAUCAGAGACGGAACAAGCGAUGACCUGAUGAUGGACAAGAUGAAAACAGAGCAGGAUAAAGCACUGAAUUUCAUCAGAUGUGAAAUGGACCAUUUUUCUAAUAGCGACAAAGACAGCGUGCAGAACUUCAGACCUUCAGACCAAACACCUCAGGCCUCAAGACAGCACCUUAACAAGACAGAGGAUCUCAGAGAGGAAGUCCAGUUUCUGAAAGAGCAGCUAAAGAGACGUGAGUGCGAGUGGUGGCAGGCUCACAGCGAGCUGCAGAUUCGAGUCGAUUCCCUGAGCAGAGAGAACCAGGAACUGAUGAAGAGUCAGCGUGUCGUUCAUGUUAGACCUCAGAGAUCCUCUGGCAGAUCCACACCUCAUCCGGACGCUCGAAACCUGCAGACGAGAAGACACUCGAGUCUUGAAUUUAACAAUUCCCAAGGAAAGGAUGAACAGAAAAUUUUACCUACAAGACGAGACUCGUCAAAUUCGAGGACUUCCACGGCGUCUCAGAGCCCGGAUGAUAGCGACACAAUCCUGUACAGUGAAUACAGAGAAAAGGGCUCGUGCAGAUCUCCAAAGAAGAACAUCGGGGCCGUGAUCAGAAAUUCGGUGCCCAAAGCAUUAAAGAAUACAUUGAAAUCUGGGAAAUCUGGAUCCUCUGAGUCUGAUUAUGGAUCCACAGAUAUGAAUGAGGAUUUGCUCAAUUCUGAGAUGAAGCUUAACAACACUCAAGUAGACACUAAAGCUGUAGUUAGAGAAGAAACUCGAUAUCCAGAUGGUAAGGUAGAACAGCUCCUGUCUGAUGGGUCACGUGUUAUUGUUUUCCGUAAUGGAACCAGAAAGGAGAUCGGAGCAGAUCAGAAAUCGAUCACGGUCACGUUUUUUAACGGAGAUGUCAAGCGUGUUCUGGCUGAUGGGACCACCGUCUACUAUUACUGUGACGCUCGGACGACUCACUCCAUUUACCCGUCCGGCUUGGAGGUUCUGCAGUUUCCAAACAAGCAAAUAGAGAAGCGACAUCCUGAUGGUACACGAGAAAUACUUUUCCCAGACGGAACCAUCAAGACCGUGUACGGCGACGGCCGACAGGAAAGCUCCUUCCCUGAUGGAACGGUCGUCAAGUUAGCAAAAAAUGGAGAGAAAACAGUGGAGUUCACCAAUGGCCAGCGUGAGAUCCAUACGUCUCAAUAUAAACAGAGGAUUUAUCCUGACGGAACCAUUAAAACUGUCUAUUUAAACGGAAGGCAAGAGACGAAAUACUCGUCCGGGAAGAUUCACAUUAAGAACAGUGAAGACGUCGUUAUGACGGACAGAAAGUGAAAGAAAACCCAUUGCUACAUUUUUCUACGAGAAGCUUGAUAUGUACAGUCGUCUUCAGAAAUAUUGGCACCCUUCAAAAAAAAAUUGGAAAAAUGACAACAAUGCAAUGACAGUGCCAUAAUACCAUGAGUACUAUGUUGCAGAAACAUUGGCAGCCUAAAAGAAACGCAAACAAUUCUCAUCCUUGGUGGGGAACCCUUACAUUUUGAAAUGUACUGUCAAAGUGUGUGAUGAAAUAUCAAUAUAUUUUACAAUAUAGCAUGAAAUAUAUACCAAUAAGAUAAUAAUUGCUUAAUUUAUUCACUUUUUUUACAAAAAAGAAAAAAGGAGGGGAGUAUUAUUUAACAAUUAAAGCUGGAUCAUUAUUCUGUAUGA